ACACUACCUUCCCUCUUCCCCGUCUUUCAGGUUUAACCCCAAUCACACACACACUAUUACUAUAUUACUAUAUUAACAACAAUGAUCUCACUAUCUCAAAUCUCACUUAUCUUAUUCUUCAUCUUAUCACCAUUAUCAUCAUCAUCAUCAUCAUCAUCAAUAUCUGAUAUUUUUCAACAAUGGUGCACCCGAUACAACAAAUCAUAUCCCACUGAACGAGAAAAACAAUACAGACUCAAAGUAUUUGAAGCCAACUUUAAUUAUAUUAUCAAUCAUAAUACAAAUAAUAAUAUAAGUUCUUUGUAUACACUUUCACUUAAUGGGUUUGCUGAUCUUACCCAUGAGGAGUUUAAGGUUGCUAGAUUGAAUGGUCUUUCUGUUGGGUCAAGUAAUUUGAUCAAUAAUCGUGGGAAUUCGGUUACUCGGUCGGGUAAUGGUGUCCCGAAAGCGAUUGAUUGGAGAGAUAAAGGAGCAGUUACUAAUGUUAAAGAUCAAGGAAAUUGUGGUGCAUGCUGGUCAUUUUCAGCUACAGGAGCAAUGGAAGGAAUUAAUCAAAUUGUAACUGGAUCUCUCAUCAGCCUUUCUGAACAAGAAUUGGUUGAUUGCGACAGAACUGUCAAUGCUGGCUGUGAGGGUGGACUAAUGGAUUACGCUUAUGAAUUUGUGAUAAAAAACAAAGGAAUUGAUACUGAAGAGGAUUACCCAUAUCAAGGCAGAGAAACUUCUUGUAAUAAAAACAAACGCAAUACAAAAGUCGUCACAAUUGAUAGUUACAAUGAUAUUCCCUCUAAUGAUGAAGAUCAGCUAUUACAAGCUGUUGCAACUCAACCUGUGAGUGUGGGAAUAUGUGGUAGUGAUAAUGCGUUUCAGUUUUACUCCAAGGGAAUAUUCACAGGGCCAUGCUCGACUGCUUUAGACCAUGCUGUACUGAUAGUUGGAUAUGAUUCAAAAGACGGAGUUGAUUACUGGAUUGUAAAGAAUUCAUGGGGAAAAUCGUGGGGGAUGGACGGUUAUAUAUACAUGGCACGUAACACAGGGGACGCCUCUGGACUCUGUGGGAUCAACAUACUGGCUUCUUAUCCAAUCAAGACUAGCCCGAAUCCAUCACCAUCUCCUACCCCCAAACCCAUAAAAUGUAAUUUGUUUUCCUGGUGUGGUGAAGGUGAAACUUGCUGUUGUGCUACCAAAGUUCUUGGGAUAUGCUUUAAAUGGAUGUGUUGCGAGUUGAACGCCUCUGUAUGUUGUAAGGACCGACGUCACUGCUGCCCUUCUGAUUAUCCAAUAUGUGAUUCUGAAAUGAACUUGUGCCUCAAGCAAACAAGUAAUGGAACGCUAGAAAUACAGCCCAAGAAGAACAUGAGUUUUGGGAGAUCAGGUGGCUGGGGUUCCCUCCGCCAGCAAUAUUUAUAAAUGUGACAUUUUGCUAGGGCAAUCACUACUAGUAUUGAACCCAUAUAUCAUCAGAAGCAUACGAUAAGCCCCCUGUAUUUGUGGACCAUAAUAUCUUAUGAAGAGUUUAGCUCAGAAUCAUUCAUAUUUAUUGUAGAAGCAUGAUAUAUGUGCGAUAUCUAUUUGUAAUGGUGCUUGUUGAUAUGUACAUUGUUAGCUUUUUGCAGAAACAGAUGUAUGAAUAUUAAUAAAAGCAAGAGAUGCAUAGGCAUUAUACUUCGUCUA